AUGAUAAAGAAAUUCGAAGAUGAAUGUAAUAAAUAUUGAUAUUAUUGCAUAGAAAACAAAGUUAAAUAAGAGUUUAAUCAAAAUUUAACUUAAAAAAAAUAAGAAAUACAAGAAGCAUUAAACAAACCUGAUUAAAUUAAUAAAGUUAAUUUAGAAUAAGAAAAAUAAAAUAAAAUCGAAUUAAAAAAAGUAAAUUUAUAAUUCAUUUAUCAAAUUAUUUUUAGAUUCAAUUAUAUAACAAAUCAUUAUUAUUUUCAAAUACUUAUAAGUAUACUAAUUGUUAGGUAAGUGAAGGAGGGAAAGUUGUGGCAGAUACCAAUAAUUCUGGUUGGUGUUUUUGUUUUUGUGAAUAAGUAAUUCCAAAGACUGGGAAAAUUUAAUUUGCAUUUUAAAUACUCAGUGGAUCAUAUUUUAUGGUUGGAAUAGGAUUUAGAGGGAUUAUGAGAGAAAAUCCUUAUUUGAAUUGUUAUUAAACUGGGUAUAUAUUUAUAUUAUAAUAGAACAUAUUUAAUAGCCUAAGGUAGUUAAAUCUAUUCACAUCAUAACAAAGAUUUAUAAAGUAAAUCAUUAUCCUUUAGAUUUACAAAUAAUGAUAUAAUAAUAAUUGAAGUAUCUAUUGAACAUAAAUACAUUAAAUGGAGUAGAUAGAAUAAUCCAUAAGCAACAUUUGUUGUAAAUCUAAUAUCGAUUAUUAGUAGUUGGAUCUAGGUGCAUCAUAAGAAUUAUAUCCAUGUGUGGGUGUUGGUUAUUAAUCUAAAAUAAAAAUAUUAGAUAAUAUACCAAUUCGAUGA